GACUUGUCUGGUAACAGUAUCGAAUUGCCGAUUUUCAAAAGCAGUUGUUGCUCAGUGACUCGAGAUUUACUGUAGAGUAAAAUAAUUUUAGCGAAACGCACACAUAAAGCCCCAACCAUGUUUGACUUUUUUAAGAAAUGUAAUCUUCCCCAAGCUGUUGCAGAAAAAUUUGCAAAUGUCUCACGAAGAACCCGAUCAAGAACAGGAGAGCGAACAACAGAUUUAAGUCUUUCAGAAAGGCUCAAAGACCAAAGGUAUCCAAGACACCUACAUCAAAUACACCUAAAACUGUGAAUACUUCAAAAAUUUCAAGUGGUACUAGUAAUAUUAAUUGUUGCACACCAAAUGAUAGCGUGAUUAAAAGGAAGGUUGCAAAUUCAUUAAGCAGCUGUGAAUCAACGCCAAAAAUGAAAGUUCAACCCAAACGAAGAAAAAUUGAUUUAGACAUUGAUCCAGAAAGUCCAGAAUUGCCAGAUAAUCAUAUUUCUGAAACUAUGGAAGAAUCAACUGAAAAAUGUGAAGGAUUUGAUCAUUCUAAAUCAGCUCUUCAUAAUUUGGAAUUGACAUCAAAAGCUGUUUCACAACAUAAGAUGAAUGAAAAAUGUGACGUAAUAUCAAAAGUUGCUUCACAAUGCAAAAUUAUUGAAAAAAAUUCCAAUUUCGAUUCAUCAGCUUUAUUGAGUGCAAUCGAAUGUCUCCAAGAAAAAUUUGAUUCAGACGAUGAAGUGAUGAUUAAACAUACUUUUGAAGUAGUUGUCGAUGUCCAUUAUACUCAAGAUGGUAUUCAAGUGAACCCAUUUUCAUUGGACAAAACUAUUAAAAAAAUGUCUAGUUUAAAAGAUGAUGAUGAGCCUUCUCCACCUGAAAAAAGUCAAUAGAGCAAUUUAAAAAUUUAUUGAAAAACUUAGAAAUAGAUAAAAUGUAGUUUUGUUAGCUUUAGGUACAUUUAGAUACUAAUGUAAAACAUAAUUUUUAUGAAUAAAUGUUUAUUUAUUUUACAUGUAA